AUGAAGUCUCCAAUAUCUUCAUUGCAAUCAUGGCUCCCUUUGAAUAUCUUUCUUAUCAUUUCAACCUCUGUACUUAUCAGUAGUACUAGUGCGACAACGAUAUUCGAUAUUCCUAGACUGAGUCCACUUGGAGGAAUUCUACAAGAUCCUGAAACAGUAUUCUCUGCAAAUGUUUCGGAUGACUUCGAAACAUUUUACUAUAAUCAAACACUUGAUCACUUCAACUAUAUGCCCGAAAGCUACUCCACUUUUCAGCAAAGAUAUGUGAUCAAUUCUAAGUACUGGGGUGGUGCAAAUCGUAGCGCUCCAAUUUUAGCUUAUCUUGUCGCAGAAGCACCGUUGGAUAGUACUUAUCUAAAGGCCAUCGGAUUUCUCACUGAUAAUGCCGCAGAGUUUAAGGCUCUCUUGCUAUACAUAGAGCAUCGAUAUUAUGGGGAGUCUAUACCAUUCGGAUCAAGGACAGAAGCAUUUAGAAAUGCAAGCACUCUCGGGUACUUCAACUCCGCCCAAGCUUUAGCAGAUUAUGCAGAAAUCAUCUUAAACUUAAAGGAACAAUUACAAGCACAAUAUUCCCCAGUAAUUGUCAUUGGAGGAUCAUAUGGAGGAAUGCUAGCUUCGUGGUUUCGGCUAAAAUAUCCUCACAUUGCCAUUGGCGCCUUGGCCUCAUCAGCUCCAAUCCUUUACUUCGAUGACAUCACUCCACAAGACGGAUUUUUCUCUGUUGUUACCAAGGAUUUUAGGGAAGCUAGCGAGACCUGCUACCAAACUAUAAAAGAUUCAUGGUCUAUAAUAGAUGAAGUUGCAACUAAGCCUGAUGGUCUUUCUGUCCUUAGCAAGACAUUCAAGACUUGCGAUCCCCUAAGCUCAUCUUCUGGGCUCAAGAGCAAUUUGGUGUCGAUGUAUGCCCAUGCAGCUCAAUAUAAUCAUCCCCCAAACUAUCCGGUUACCACAAUCUGCGGUGGCAUAGAUGGAGCUCCUCCUGAAAUAGAUAUUCUUGACAAAGUAUUUGCAGGUGUUGUUGCCUAUUCUGGAAAUAGAACAUGCUAUGUCAAUGCACCCCAAAAUAUAUCUGAAACAACUCUAGGUUGGAGAUGGCAGACGUGCACUGAGAUGGUGAUACCCAUUGGAAUUACCAAUAUUAAUACAAUGUUCCAACCUAGACCUUUUAUCCUAAGCAACUUCACUGAGGGGUGCAGAAGCAUAUAUGGUUUACCGCCUCGGCCUCAUUGGGUCACUACUUACUAUGGAGGCCAUGAUAUAAAAGUGAUCCUCCAAAGGUUUGGAAGCAACAUCAUCUUCUCCAAUGGGCUCAAAGAUCCUUAUAGCAGCGGCGGGGUGCUUGUAAACAUAUCAAACAGUAUCGUUGCCAUCCAUACAGUUAACGGAUCUCAUUGCCUGGAUAUGCAUCCAGCAAACCAAACCGAUCCAGAGUGGUUGAUCACACAAAGAAAAGCUGAGGUUAAUAUCAUCAAAGGAUGGAUCACCAACUACUACUUUGAUCUCCUCACAGCUUUCAGGCAAUAA